UGUCUCCUCCCUCCUCGCCCCGCUGCCGGUGCCUGCCAAGGGGAUGGCGCGGAGCUGCCUGACAUCACACGCCGGGGAUGGGGGAACGACCACACAGCCCCUGCCGCGGCUGCCUUCAAAAGCGGCGGAGGCGGCUCCCGACUCGUCCCGCAGCCCGGGCAGGCGCAGGGGCCGGCGGGCGAGACUUGGGCAAACUUCUUGCGCGCCAGGGAGCGCAGCCGGCGAGGGAGCGCGCAGCCUGGGGGCUCCCGCGCUGAUGCGCCCCGGCCCCGAUGGGGGCUUCUGAGCGCGGGGAGCCGAGGCUGCAACCGAGCCCGGAGCGCGGGGCGAGCGGGGCGCUCCCCACCCCUCUCGGAUUUGCUCUUUAGAAGCCCCCCCCCCCCGCAGACUCAUUUGGGGGCCCCAAGCCAUGGACAGCCCUGAGGGCUACUCGGUCCAAGCCACCGCGGCCAUCGCUGCCAUCAUCACCUUCCUCAUCCUCUUUACCAUCUUCGGCAACGUGCUGGUGAUCAUCGCCGUGCUCACCAGCCGGUCCCUCAAGGCCCCCCAGAACCUUUUCCUGGUGUCCCUGGCAGCGGCCGACAUCCUGGUGGCCACCCUCAUCAUCCCCUUUUCCCUCGCCAAUGAGCUGAUGGGCUACUGGCACUUCCGGAAGACCUGGUGCGAGAUCUACCUGGCCUUGGACGUUCUCUUCUGCACCUCCUCCAUCGUGCAUCUCUGCGCCAUCAGCCUGGACCGGUACUGGUCCGUCAGCCAGGCCAUCGAGUACAACUCCAAGAGGACCCCCAAGAGGAUCAAGGGCAUCAUCCUCAUCGUGUGGAUGAUCGCGGCCUUCAUUUCCCUGCCCCCCCUCAUCUACAAGGGGAACAAGAAGGACAGCCAGGAUGGCAGGCCGCAGUGCAAACUCAACGAGGAGGCGUGGUACAUCCUCUCCUCCAGCAUCGGCUCCUUCUUUGCCCCCUGCAUCAUCAUGAUCCUGGUCUACCUGCGGAUUUACUUUAUAGCGAAGCACCGGACCCGGCAAGGCUCCAGGGGCAAGAAGUCCAAGGCUGAGAAGAAGGGGACAUCUAAGAAAAUCACUGGCCCGACCUCUGAGACCUCUCCCCAGCAGCUGAGUGAAAGGGAACCCAAUGGGCAUCAGGUGCCCAAUGAGGAUAGUGACCAGCCGGCGACCCCUACGCUCCCUGCCCACAGGACGUCUCUCCUGAGCCUGGAGGAGGAGCAGCAGCAGCUGCCGCCAUCUGCCACUAACCCUUGCCAGCCCCAAUCAGAGAAGAAAGAGUCUUCUGGCUCCAGUCCGCUGGAGCGCUCCCCGCACUGCAGCCUCAAGCAGCGCAACGGGCACCCCCAGAGCUCUGUCAAGGGCAUGGAGACCCUGGCCACUGCCAAGGGGGAGGUGCUGCUGGUGAGGAGGGUGAAGACCCUGAGUGCCAACCCUUGGAAGAGGAAGACCCACCUCAACCGGGAGAAGAGGUUCACCUUUGUCCUAGCUGUGGUAAUCGGGGUCUUUGUCCUUUGCUGGUUCCCUUUCUUCUUUCUCUAUAGCCUGGGGGCCAUUUGCCCAGAACUCUGCAAGGUCCCCAACAGCGUGUUCCAGUUCUUCUUCUGGAUUGGCUACUGCAACAGCUCCUUGAACCCUGUGAUCUACACCAUCUUCAACCAGGACUUCCGCAAGGCCUUCCGCAAGAUCCUCUGCAGGCAGGGGACUCAGACUGCCUGGUGAGAGAGCAGAGGGGAGGUGGGAGACUGUAGGUUGAGGUGUGGGGGUGAGGGUGGGGGGGGAAUAGUGGCAACAUUCCACCGACACUAUUUAAAACACGUCUAUUUAUUCAUCAGCUUUUGUGUUUGCAAAGAGUGGGGAUGGGCAGUGGAUACAAAAGACUGUUUUAAAGACUGUUUUGGAUCAGCCUUUUUAUAUUUCCUGCAAACGAGUUAAAACCCCGGCCCGUUUGCCAAUGUAUUUUCUACCAAGCUGGGGAGCCUUUAAUGUGCAUGCCAUUCAUAUGGGUGGGAUGAGAAAAACUCUCUUCCCACCAACUCUGCAGAGGAGAGUAUGUGUGACCUGCCUUCCAGGUAACUACAAGAGAGUCUCCUGCCAGUCUCUCUUCCUUCUUUCUGUCUCCCAUUGGAGGUUGGUGUGGUGAGACUCAGAAAGAAAUCUGCCCCGGGCCACACUUUCUCUCUGCUUAGGAAGGCAAGGGCCAAAUUUGAUGCUGGUCACAGCUGCAUUGUGCCCUUUUAUGCCAGCUGUGGGGUGGGUCACAAACAUGUACAGAGCUCAUGUGAUUAUGGAGGUUUAAUGCAGUAAAGGUUUCAGUCUGUGUGGGCCAGAUUCUGCUCUCGGCUUCACUGGGGGUAAUUCUCGCUAAAUCACAGGGCCAGGGUUCACCGAGUCCUUCAUACUGGGACCCCCAUGGAACCCUUCUCCAAUGGAGCUGGGAUCUAGCUCAGACAUGUCUCUCCCAUUUAGCAGCAUGGGGAUGGUGGGGUGGUUGUCAACCCCAGAUUGAGAACCCAUGCCAUAGGAUUUCUGGGUGACAGUUCCCAGUGUGGGGGCCCUAGUGCGGACAAGGCUCCCGUGACAGCCUGUGCUUUUAACACCAUGUCAGCAUGACCUCCUGUGAGCAUGGGGUUAAAAGGCCAGUGGUGGCAGGUGCAGUGUCUACGCCAGGGCUCCCACUAGUGGAGCUGCUAGCAAGGGGGGGAACUUGGGGAGGGACAAGCUGGUAUGGACACAAGGGUUUUUAUAGGAUUGACGCACUUGGGACCGAGAGGAGAGUUUGGGCGUGAGGAUUUUCCUUCCUUGGUUCCUUUUUUUUUAUGAAAAGAAGAAUUCUUUCUUUUUUCCUCCUUUCUUUUUGCUCAGCCCGUACAACGUACACCCCCCUUCCCUGUAUCUACCCCAGUCCGUCACCUUUCUACGGAAUUCAGAACAAAGCAUGCGGUCAAAGUCGCUCACAGAUCCUGGAAACAGACAGAAUCUGGCCCCAUUCUCCAGGAUGCCGAGUCUUCUAGGACUCUAAUUUGCUUGAUAGCUUCUGUCAUUACCUCUAGGAUCUGUAGCUCCUUCAGCAGUUUGUCUCUCUGAUGUUUGUCUCUUCCCCCCCUCCCCCAAACGCAUACUGAGCUCUCCAAAGCAAAUAGUAUCUGUUUGCAAGGAACAAAAGUAUUCAAUCAAAGCAUCUAUGGUAUGAAUGCAAGUGGGAAAGAGAAGGUGGUUAAUCAAGGAUGUGUUAGUAGCUUUGAUACGUUGUUUCUAAGCCUGAAUCAUUCUUUUAAAAAUGACACAACAGCCUAAUUUUGCACAUCAGAAUGGGAGCUAUGAGCAGGAGACAUCUUUCUGGUUCUCACUCCUUGGCCAUUGUGGGAGCUUUGUGUCAUUUCCCCCUUAGACCCGUGUUUAAUAAGAUCAUACCACCCCCUCACAGCAGGGAUGGGAUCUCCUUUCCCGGGUCUCUCUGUCACCCAUACAAACUCUGGGUACAGAGUCAGCUGCCUGGAACUCUGCAAAAGUGGGAUCCAGAACCAGUAAGAGUUGACACUUGCACGGAGCUUUUUAAAUCCGUAGAACUCUAAGCACUUUACAAGCCUGAGUGAGCCUCAUUUUACAGGGGGCAAAACUGAUUCUCAGGGGAGGAAGUAACUUGCCUAUGGUUCAGACAUCAAGUGGGUGUCAGAGAUGAGAAAAGAACCCAGGCGUCCUGACUCCCAGUCCAGUGGCCUGACUAGUGGGAAAAGAACCCAGGCAUCCUGACUGCCAGUCCUGUGCUCUUUCAGUGUGGACCAUUCUGGCUCCAAUUGGUUAUUGAAAUUACAAUUAGCCAGUGCUGAUUUUAAAGUAUCUUGUUACCACGUAUGGACUCCACAUUGAAAUGCAGCGUUCCCCCCGCUUUCCAAGCAGUCUGUGGAGAGAUGAAAAAUAGCGGGGGUGGAUUUUUGCCCCUGACCCUGUACACGGAAGAGAGUGGAGGAGAACCUAUAACAUCCAGUGGAAGUGAGGAGGAGGUUUGCUGUCUCCGAACCUGUCACCUGCAGGGGCGGUGGGAUGACGCAUGCCACUUGGGCUGCCUGUGUUUUGCCUCUGGCUGCAUGUGGCAUUGCAACAUGGGGUGGGUUAUGAUGGGCGUGGGCUCUCUUUGGAGCUGCUGUGAGUCUCUGUGCCCCGUAACCAUAUCCCCGUGAAUGGCAGGAGUUGUGUUUUUCCCCGCUGUAGUGUGUGUGGAAUGAUGUUGAUGAAAAGUCUUGAGAUAUUUUAACAAUAAAAGAUAUUUUGUAAUAA